AUGUCUUGGCAUUUCAGAGUCAAAAUACACAGAAUCUACCCAUCUUAUUCCUAUGUUACCGAUAGUGGACCACACUGGAUUUAUAUCCUAGGAAAUGAAGAUGCAACAUCACCAUUCCUAUCCAGGUUUCCAGGCAAUAAACUCUCGGUUCACACUAACUGCGACGCACCAUACACAAGUCCACAUCAUCGAUCCUCUGAACAAUCGGCUUUACAUGGACUUCAAAACAUCCAUGAAAUCCCUCACAUGAACCCCAAGGGCCGAAACUAUCCCAUAGUGGUAUUCAACACGGAAGUCCAUUUCGAUGACCCUGCAAGGCCAAAGAUUGUGUUUUACAUAAGGGACAACAUUGAGAGUCGGAAAAAAUGUGUUGCAACUAGAGAUCAUGCUUAUGCCUUCCAGGAUGAUCUUCAAAACAUGAGAGGUCGUGGACAGGUUAUUUUGGUCAUGGACUAUGGCUUGAGACCAAGGAUUUAUUAUCUGAUUUCAGGUUCAAUCCGCUUUUGCCAGAGGUUUAGGAGUUCAGAAAAUCGGUCAAUAACAAUGACCCUUAUGUUUGGAGUCACGGGUCUAUAG